AUGAUGAUGAUGAUGAUAGCAUUCCAUUAUCCGGAUCGUCUGACAUUUCCGCUGGUACUACCCAGUAGAUAGAUACCUUCCACCUGAGUCCUGACAGGGCUGGUGGUUCUUAUUUUCUUCUAGGUCGAUGGAUAGUACAUGAUUAUUACUCCGGACACAGUCGCACUAUCACUCAGUUGGUACGAGUGUGACGGAUUUGAUGAGGAAAAGCCGCAACUCUGCUUUGCCGCGGUUCUGGAGAUGAUGAUGAUUAUUACUUUCUAAUUUAUUUAUUGGAUUCAAUUAUAUUGUUUAUGGGGUCACCGCGCAAAAGCCUCGAUCUUAUGUCUGCUUCUGUGCUUCACGCCCCAUUUUUUGCCCUGACUGUGUGGACUGUGGAUGAAAAGGGCACUCCUCACGUCCAGCCUAAUUUCAGAGCCACUGGGAGGGAGUCUAUUUAUUUAGACUGGGGCAUUUUGCAGCCAGCCCUUCUCUUUCAUUUGUCGAUCACCUGUUUAAUGUACCUGUUCCAGGAAUAAUAAUCCAGUUGGGUUUUUUGGGUCUUCCCCACUUGGUUGAUUAUUAUUACCUGCUGGCCCUGAUUCAAUACAGUGCCCGUACGGAGUACUGUCAACUGUAUUAUUGUGCCUCCAGUCUCUCUUGAGUGUCCGUCCCCCUGGGCCCUUUUGUCCCUCAUUUCUCUCUCUCUCUCUCUCUUUCCCCCUCUCCCCUUUGUGGCCACCUCCUUUCCAGCGUGGCAGAAACUUCAUCGGCGAUGGAAUGCGGUCGGGAUAACUGUAUCCACGGGCAUCACUGUAUGACCCUGCGCCGUUGCAGUCCAAUGGACCAUGUACAACUCUCCCGAUCUUCCAUGAUCUUCUACUGUCCUUCUCAUUUAAUUUAAUUGUGUUACAAACAAGUAGUAGAUCAUCCGGAGCUCAUUGGUCACUAAAUGGUAGCUAAAAAUAAACACUAGCCCUC